UUCUGUAGCCCCCUUCUCCUCUUAGAUCGCAGCCGCACCCGCCGCCGCUCGAAUCGCCGACGACAGCCGGAAAUUUCUCCUUCGCCGAGUCCAAAAGCCUCUCUCUUAAUAACAGUUAUAUUCUGAAGCUGUGGAUUCGCACAACUAGAUAUUAUGGAUGGAACUGCAAAUUCAAAAUUUGAUCGUGCAGAAGAGCUUAAAACCUCCGCAAAUGAAGCAUUUAAGGCGAACAAAUUUUCUCAAGCCAUUGAUUUAUAUACUCAAGCUAUAGAACUAAAUAGCCUAAAUGCUGUUUACUGGGCAAAUCGUGCAUUUUCACACACUAAGCUUGAGGAAUAUGGCAGUGCUAUUCAGGAUGCAAGUAAGGCCAUCGAAAUUGAUCCCCGGUACUCGAAGGGUUACUACCGGCGUGGUGCAGCAUAUCUUGCCAUGGGAAAGUUUAAAGAAGCUCUAAAAGAUUUUCAACAGGUAAAAAGAAUUUGCCCAAAUGAUCCAGAUGCUACUAAGAAGUUGAAGGAGUGUGAAAAAGCUGUCCAAAAGAUCCGAUUUGAAGAAGCAAUUGCUGUUAAUGAUUCCUCUAGGCGCUCAGUUGCUGAGUCUAUUGAUUUUCAUUGCAUUGAUGUGGAGCCGCAAUAUACCGGUGCAAGAAUAGACGGUGAAGUUGUAACGCUGGAUUUUGUUAAGAAAAUGAUGGUUGAUUUUAAGAACCAAAAGUUUUUACACAAAAGGUAUGCCUACCAAAUUGUUUUACAAGCAAGGGAAAUGCUACGGGCUAUGCCUUCCCUUGUUGAUAUCACAGUAAAUGAUGGCAGUCAUUUGACAGUUUGUGGUGAUGUGCAUGGCCAGUACUAUGAUCUGUUGAACAUUUUUGAACUUAAUGGACUUCCCUCAGAAGAUAAUCCAUAUCUCUUCAAUGGGGACUUUGUUGACAGAGGAUCUUUCUCACUUGAAGUCAUUCUCACACUAUUUGCAUUUAAAUGCAUGUCUCCAUCAGCUAUGUACCUUGCGAGAGGAAACCAUGAAAGCAAGAGCAUGAAUAAGAUCUAUGGGUUUGAGGGAGAAGUCAGGUCUAAGUUGAGUGAAACAUUUGUUGAGCUCUUUGCAGAAGUAUUUUGCUGUUUGCCUUUGGCUCAUGUCAUAAAUGACAAGGUGUUUGUAGUCCAUGGUGGGUUAUUCAGCAUUGAUGGAGUUAAGCUCUCUGACAUUCGAGCAAUCGAUCGUUUCUGUGAGCCUCCUGAGGAAGGUUUGAUGUGUGAAUUGCUUUGGAGUGACCCACAACCUCAACUUGGAAGGGGCCCCAGUAAGAGGGGUGUAGGUCUUUCAUUUGGUGAAGAUGUGACAAAGAGAUUUCUACAAGAAAACAAUCUGGAUCUUGUUGUCCGAUCGCAUGAGGUGAAGGAUGAAGGCUAUGAAAUUGAGCAUGGUGGGAAGCUUAUAACUGUCUUUUCUGCUCCAAACUAUUGCGAUCAGAUGGGCAACAAGGGUGCAUUUAUUCGUUUUAAAGCCCCUGAAUUGAAGCCAGACAUCGUUUCCUUCUCUUCAGUGCCACACCCUGAUGUUAAGCCGAUGGCAUAUGCAAACAAUUUCCUCCGAAUGUUUUCCUGAUCCUGGUGAAAUAUUACUCCAACUCUACGUUGGAUAAUUGUAUAAUGCUAAUCAGCAGCAAUUGUAGAAGGCAUUUUCAUUUUGGCAGUUAAAUGCAAGUGAAGUAAUCUUUUAAUCUAUUAUAAUCUGGCUGCCUGCUCCUGAUUUUUUUUUUUAAAAUCUGCUAUUUUUUAUAGUCAAGGUCUUAGCUGAAAAUUUAGUUCAUUUAUUAACUGGCGUUGAAGAUUGUACUCUUACCCCCUGAGUUUGCUCCUUUGAGCAUUUUGUGUCCAAACUGUAAUUAAUGGAAAAACAUAAUUUCACUCUCUA